CUGAAACCUCAAGAGCUCCUGGUUCUACAGACCAUCUGAUGGCGCUCGAGCAUGGUAAAGGCUUUUACGUUCAACCAGUAGAGAACAGAUGAGGCUGAGACCUCGGGGAGUACAUAGUUUCAAUAUUUCCGCACUUGGGAAGCACAAGAUGUCGAGGAAGAUGACUGGUACCCCGAUCCGUCAGAAGCCUUCAUAUUAAUAUCCCGUUGGAAACAGGAAGGUGAAUGCUGCUCACUUGGCCUUCGAUGCUUUGUGACCUUUCUCGGCAAAAGACCAGCAGACCACGGUUGAUGGCUGCCUCCUCAGACGCACAACCGUGUCAUCUUCACCACUGAACUGACCCCCACAGGCACACAAAAGGAGACAAAGUAGGAGGAGGAUCUGAAUCUGGGUAUGCUGACUGGUGCAGUGCAACCGAAAAUCACCAGUCACUCUCCUUGGAGAAAAAGACGUCUGCGCCCCAGUGCAAUAUGCCGGGAUCUCGGUCAUCAGGCAGCACGAGCGCCGGUGAGCGUGAGGAUAUCGACACCGGAGAGGCCGAUGAACAGUCACCGCUUCUUCAAGAUGCUAAAGGCACCGUCGGCUUCGACACUAUAUCAUCACCUGUCCAACCCAGACAUAGUUCACGGCAGCAGCCAAGUCGAAGUCGCAGCAGUCCAAGCACUAGCUCAAAGAUCUCUACCAUGGACUUUGGCUACCCAUCGAAAUCAACCCCAGACUUAGCAAGACGCUGGACCAUAUCAGAAGAAGAAGACGACGGAAAAAUGCCCUCAUCACCACCACUACCACCCAUUAAAACCAGCACCGACACAGGCUCAACAUCCAAAGCGCCCGCCGUCACCCCAACAAUGACACCAGUCCAAGCAGCAGCCGUCCGGUCCUUUACGGCAGCCGAACGCGGAAUUCUCAAAGCCGACACCAACCUAUCAUGGGGCGAUCCAGCCGGUCUUCCCAUACGUGGGACCAACGAUGAGAACCUGGUGAUCUUCCGGCGGGCAAUCGGUAUCAACAGCGGGCUGGCCGGGGAGUCGGACCCGCGAAGCCUGGAGGAAGGCCGCAAGCGGGCGGUGGGCAUGUACGCGGCGACGAUGAAGGCGCAGCGAGAAAAGCGGGUGAAACAUGCACUUAUCGACUUUUUGCUUUAUGCCAGUCAUCUGGCGCAGAUCUUGAUUGGGGCUACUUUGACUGCUUUUGGCCCCUCAGCAGGUAAACACGCUAUCCUCAUCACCGUCCUAGGCGCCAUCAACACCGUCAUCGCCGGCGUCCUAGCGCUCAUCAAGGGUCAGGGCCUGCCCGAGCGGCUGCGGCACGACCAGGCCGAGUUCAGGAAACUGCAGGACUGGAUCGAGCAGACCGAGGCGCUGCUGGCCGUGGGCGUCAUUGGCAGGAACCGCAAAGAGGUCGGGCUGUUGGUCCAGGUCGCGUUUAGGAAGUACAAUGCUGUGAGGCAGUCGGAGGAGAAUAAUCGGAAUGAGAAUUAUGUGAGGGUUAGCGCCGCGCCGGAUCCGUUGGGGGGGAAUAGCGGAAGUGCGCCGGCGCCGAUGGAUCAUGGUGGUGGUCAUACGGGGAAGUUGUUGGAUCUGGAACAUCAUGAUGCGGGGAGUGCUGGGGGGCACCAGAGUGUUGGGGAUGGGCAUGCGGGAGGGAGUUCACAUGCUGGGCAUUAACAGAGUGUUAAUCGAAUAUCGAUACAUGUCCAAAAUGUCUGGUGUUGAUGUGGCCGUCGAUGUUUAUCCGUGUCUCUCCAUGCACAACGGGUGAGCGUUUUGGCUUGGAUUGUGGUAGACUUCCACUUCGCAUCACCUCUCGAUAGGUUAUCAAUUGAAUUGGGCAGUAGACUGAUGGACACGACAGGACUUGGUAUUGCUGUGAUGUGAAGGGUAGGUGAAUUUUGUGCAGACGAGAGGAUUGAAGCGUUUGCCUUUCAGGGUGGUGAGAUCAAGGAUGGAACCAAUUGGAGAAAAUUGACAGUUGGAU